CUCAAAAUGUCUGUGUAUUCUGGAUUUGCUACUCGAUAACUUGAAAGUCAGUAUAAUAAGUUAAUUACUUCUUUGCUUAAAAUAAUGCAGCGUAGAAUAAUAAAGUUUUAUAAGAAUGAAGAAGCAGAUGAAAAACAAUUUAAAAGAGUUGUUGAAGAAGUAAUUAUAUGCAAUAAAUACAGACUCUUAUGAAAUUGAAUUAAAUGGAACAUUAGAAAUAUAAUGAACCAUAUAUAAGUGCUAUAAUGGGAGAAAUUUGCGAUUUAUUACAAAUCUAACAAAAUUGUGCAACAGGUUGUUCAUGUUAAUGUCAUCUUCAACUUAGAAAAUAGACAUUUUUAACUUAAGAUAAAGAAAUCCUAUCAAAUCCUUCUUCUUGUAGAAAACAAACAGUCAGUUCUAGAAAGACAAGUGUGAAAGGUAUAAAUAAUACUACUUUUCUGGAUAAAUCCUAAUUAUCUAAGAUUCAAUAACUUACUUAGUUGACAUCAACUUAUAAAUCUCCAUAUUAUUAGAAUAAUAAUAGUAACUAAUAAUAUGGUAAAUCUAAAUUGAACUUUUACUAAAAUACAUCUAAUAUAACUCAUAAUAGUUCUAUUGAAAGACCUACCACUAAAAGUUAUUAGAGGCCAUAAUCAAAAUCUCCAGGUAGAAGUAUUCCAUCUAGAAUUAUGAGAUCAUCAGAGGGUUAAAGAGCUAAUCCAAAUGAGAGUUUGGAAGAGAGAAGAUAUGACAAACCAUAAACAUUUGGCUAAUAAUAUAAUAAAUUUUUUAGAAAGAAGAAUUUUUGA